UUGCUGCCUGCAGCCCGCAGCCCGCCGCUGGGCGUUGACGGUCCCGCACACCCGCCACCGCCGCCGGCGUGCCCGCUUCAUCCAUGAGCUCGGAUUUCCCACAUUACAACUUCAGGAUGCCUAAUAUUGGAUUCCAGAAUCUGCCUCUCAACAUAUAUAUUGUGGUUUUUGGGACUGCUAUAUUUGUAUUCAUCCUUAGUUUACUCUUCUGUUGCUACUUGAUUAGGCUAAGACAUCAAGCACACAAAGAAUUUUAUGCCUACAAACAGGUUAUAUUAAAAGAGAAAGUAAAAGAACUGAAUUUACAUGAGCUCUGUGCAGUAUGUCUGGAAGACUUCAAGCCUCGAGAUGAGUUGGGGAUUUGUCCAUGUAAGCAUGCCUUCCACAGAAAGUGCCUUAUUAAGUGGCUGGAGGUUCGGAAAGUGUGUCCCCUAUGCAAUAUGCCAGUUCUGCAGCUGGCCCAGUUGCACAGUAAGCAGGACCAUGGACCCCCACAGGGGCCCCUCCCUGGGGCAGAGAACAUUGUAUAGCUCACCAUGAAGAUCAGACUUGCUGGAUACGACAUCCGCGUGGAACCAGGAGGAGCACAAGCUGUCUCAGUGUUGGCUGCUCUCUACCUGGGGCACCAGCUGCCACUUCCUUUGCCUCUUAAAGAAUUCUUGGGCCGUCCACACUGGGAACCUAGGCAUCUGGGUCUUGUGACAACCAAAGCACUCUGACACUACCCCGUGUUGAGAGAAGAGGAGUGGAUGAGCCUGCAGGUUUGGCUCAAGAAACUUCAUGAAGGUCUGUUGCUAAUCCCAUUAUGCUUUGUCUC